ACCCCGCUCACCUCAGAAUCACGUACGCACUAGCAUACACACCAAGCUAAGCCUGUCUUUCAGCUCAUCCGUGCUCCCGAUCCAACUACUCCAUUAGCGCUCUCCGAUCCACUAUUGCUCAUCCCAAUUAUUCCCAGCGACCGCCGGCGAAAUAGCAAUGGCUUCUCGCAGCGCCCAGAGGAGCAGAACGACGUACGUGACGAUGUGCCUUGCCCUGCUCCUGCUCGUCAGCCGGCGACCGUCCAGCGCGCGGCUGCUCCGGCCGAAGGGGAACGACGGCGCCGCCGCCAUCGAUGUGGCGAGGGAGGUGAAAGACGCCGUCGUUGACAAGUACGCGCCGCUGCUCCUCGCCAUGCUGCCGAGGGCGCCGGUGCCGCCGUCGGGCCCCAGCGGCGGCACGAAUGAUGCUCCCCGGAAUUAGCAGAUUAAUCCAAGCACCCGCGGCGGCCGGUGGAAUGAGUUCACAAGGGCCGGCCACAUGGAGAUUUCCCGGCCGGUAGGCUAGGUCUAUUUAUUGAUAGUUGGUGGGAGGUUAUUCGAUCGUGUUAUAAAAUACAACUGAUAGCUAGGUACAUACAUUUAUACUAGCGUAUAUAUAGUAUGAGAUUUGCUCCUUAUCAAUUGAUUGAGAUUUUGCUUUUCUGUCAAUCAACA